AUGGCCAUUGACCCUUCAUUGUUCCCUCCACUCCAGGAACUGCGAAGCCGUCGGUUCUGGUGCUGCUUGUUGGCAGAAGCGACGGGCACCCUCAUCUUCGUCUGGGUCGUGCUGGGUGCCUCCUCCCCUGCUGGUCCUAAGCAAGUGCUCCCUCCCCCUCUCCAGCCAGCCCUUGCUGCAGGGCUUGUUGCCGUCAGCUUGGCACACUGCUUGGGUGAGGUCAGCGGUGCCCAGGUCAACCCAGCACUCACUGUGGCCUUCCUCUGUACUCGCAAACUGGAUGCUCUGCAUGCUGCAAGCUAUAUCCUGGCCCAGUGCCUGGGUGCCAUCCUAGCGUCAGGCGUCUUCUUCCUCGUGCUGCCCACUUCAGCCGUUGGGCAGUUGGUCACCAAGGUUAGCAGUGAAGGGAAUGCGGGACAAGCUCUAGGAAUGGAGGCUUUGUCCACUUUCCAGCUGGCUCUCACCAUCUUUGCUGCAGAAGAUCAUCGGAGGCGUGAGUUGAGUCAGCCCGGCAUCCUGGCCAUCGGCUUCUCUGUAGUAGCAGGAGCCCUUGCUGCGGGCAUAUUCUCUGGGGGCAGCAUGAAUCCUGCCCGAUCACUGGGACCAGCUGUAGUAACAGGAAUCUGGGAACAUCACUGGGUGUAUUGGCUUGGACCCAUCCUGGGUGCCGUCCUUGCUGGAAUGUCCUAUGAAUUCUUCUUCGCUAGCAGCGAUUCACGGGACAAGCUAGUUGCCUGCCUGACCUGCCAUGACAUUGAGAUAGUGGAGGCAGCCAGCAUGUCCCGUUCUUCAUUUUCUGCUCCUGCUCACACCAAACCGCCUUGCAAAGGGGAACACAGUGCUGAAUAG